UAUGUGCUUAUAUGGAAGAAGCAAUUAAUUAAAAAGAGAAACGAGGAGGGAAUUAAAUUAAUAAGAAUGGAAAUUGGAGCUGUGACGCCUAUGACCUUCCACCAAUAGGACAAACACCAAAAGGGAAGAGAGAGACUUUUUCCAUGUUUACACAUAUGCCCUCGCUCCCCCCGCUUCUAUUCUCUCUAUAUUGUCAGGCUUCCUUGCCCAUUCUUCCUCCUCCUCCUCCCUCUCUGCCUUCUCUUCCCCAGUUGCCCUCGCCAUUGUUUAUCCCCGGCCUAUAACUAGUAUAAGCCCGGCCGCCGACCCCCGGCCACUGGAGCAGGGCCGCGCGCAGGCAGGGAGGCAGGGAGAGAGAUAAAAGGUCGUCCUCGAGGCCAGGGCACCUGAGGGCAAUGAGCGCUGGAGGCGGCACCAGCACGCUUGGCGGCGGGGGCCCGAGCGGCAGCGGCGCCAGCGGAGGCCCAGGACCUGGAGGAAGCGGCGGCGGCGGCGGCGGUGGCGGCGGGCCCUGCGGCGCCUGCAAGUUCCUCCGGCGCAAGUGCGUCAGCGGCUGCAUCUUCGCGCCCUACUUCGACUCGGAGCAGGGCGCGGCGCACUUCGCGGCGGUGCACAAGGUGUUCGGCGCCAGCAACGUGUCCAAGCUGCUGCUCCAGAUCCCGGCGCACAAGCGCCUCGACGCCGUCGUCACCAUCUGCUACGAGGCCCAGGCUCGGCUCCGCGACCCUGUCUACGGCUGCGUCGCCCACAUCUUCGCGCUCCAGCAGCAGGUGGUGAAUCUCCAGGCCGAGCUGACCUACCUGCAAGCACACCUCGCCACGCUGGAGCUGCCGUCCCCGCCUCCGCUGCCGGCCCCGCCGCAGAUGCCGCUGCCAGGCGCGUUCUCCAUCUCGGACCUGCCGUCGUCGACCAGCGUCCCCACCACCGUCGACCUGUCCGCGCUCUUCGACCCGCCGCCGCAGCAACCGCAGUGGGCGGUCCAGGCGGCGCAGCCGCACCACCACCACCAUCACCACCAACAGCCGCAACAGCAGCAGCACCACCAGCUCCGGCAACCGGCGCCGUAUGGCGCGCCCGUCAGGCCGGGUGGCGGCGGCCCCGGCAUGGCAGAGAGCUCAGGCGGCGGCGGGGACGACCUGCAGUCGCUGGCGAGGGAGCUCCUGGACCGCCACCGGUCAGGCGGCGUGAAGCUCGAGCAGCCGCCGCCACCGCCACACUCAAGAUGAGCUGGAUGGGGAGUAGAACGAUCGAUCAGAAACCGUGGAGAACAAGGUGUUGUGAGAGUUGGCGCGCGGCAGUAACGAGGGAGAUAGGGGUCGGUGACGGGCGAUGGCCAGCAGGAGUAGGUAAGCAGCAUUGGCCGGUUUUCGCGUAUCCAUCCUGUUGUUAACCAGCUGGGGUGCAAUGGCGCCCACAUAUGCUUGAUAUAUGCUCCAGUUUGAUUAUUUGCUCCAAGACAAAACAAGAGUGCUGGGGAUCGAGAGUAGUACUAGAAUUGACAUGUAUUAGUAACAUUAUUACCUUUGUCACCGUUCCAUUAAUUGCAAGAUUUUUAUUAAGAAAAGCCUCUCGAUAUGGUUUCUAUACUGUAAUGGUUCAAAAUCUAUCACUAAUCUCUUGU